UCAGGAACCGUGCAGUCGUUUUGUUGAACGGAGCUAAAAAAGUAUCCAUUUGGAAAGUUUUUGCUAGUCCGUUUCUUAUGUGAGAUACACACAUGUUGGAUGUGAAUACUUGUUAAUUGUUCGCGUUAAAAAAAAAGAUGUAAAGAAAAAGAACAUUUUUUUUGUGUUCGUUCGGAACUUGAAAAGUGUUGUUUGCAUUGUGUAAAAUAUUGUGGAUUUUCGUAGGAAAGAUGUAAUGAAAUCUUCGAAUUGAAUUUAUUAUAGUAAAAUGUGAAUUGAAUUCGGUUGAGGGUUUGGAGCAUAAAGCAUGUCAAAGUAUAUAAACAACUCCCAGAGUAAACGAAAUAUCUGACGACAUUGGCUUUAGUAAAUUAAUGGCGGAAAAUAAAAUCAUCAAAACAUCAGUCAUAAAAAGAAUCUCAUUAGAAAAUGUUAAUUGCAUGUGUCUAAUAAGAGGAUCGUUAAUAUAAAAGAAAUCGCUUAAAUAUUUCAAAGAGAUAAGGUAUUAUACUCACUCGUAUAAUAAAUUCAAGUGAUCGCAAGCACAUAUUGUUUGCAAAACAAUUAAAAAAACGAAAAGAAAAAGUGUUUCAAAAAGUUCAAAGAACUAUAAAUAAAUUACAAAAUAAUAAUCAAACAGUCAAUUGGGAUUAAUCAUCAUGCUAGUUACGUCAGAGUCGAAUUCUGGUACGCCCAGGCGAACGCUAUCGAUUUUGGAUAGUCCAACUUUGGCACGAGUGGAAAGAGCUCGAUUGCGACUGGAGGCAAGCCGGUCCGGUCAACGGGAAGAUAGUUUGGAAAGGAGUAUAUUGGAUCCGAAGCACUCAUUGCUAGCCGGUCGGAUACCUAUCGAGUCUAUAUCUGGACCGAUCAAAAGAGGUUUACUCUGGCAACAAAGAGAUAGGCUCUUCUCUCGAUGGAAGGAGCGGUACUUUGUGCUAACUCGAGAUUAUCUCCAUUGUUUUAAGAGAGCGACUGGAUCAGCCACCGAAAGAAUUUCAGACAUGGGACAAUUUAUAUUUAAGAUCAAACUAGUUGAUGUUGAAAAAGUCGAAUGGUCAAACCGUCGCUCGUACUCAGCAAUUGGUCUAUUUCUUGGAAAUCGCGAAGGAAGAGUACUCUUGCGUUGUGACCAGGGUCUGGAAGAUUGGUUUGAGUUACUCGAUGAAUGUACACUAGGUAGCAAGGAGCGUCGACGUGCAUUGCGUAACGUUCAAGGACCCCGAUCGCGUGCAUCACUCGCGGCACCGCCCAGCCAUUCAUCGUUACAAACGAAUCACAUGGGCUUAGGUGGAACAUAUUCUAGUGCUUUAGAGGAUUGGCUGCUGCCCAGACACAAAACAUCGAAUUCGGUUAGCAAUCAUCAUUUCGCGCUCUCAGAUUCCGUGCCCGAUUUAACCGGUUUUAAUGAGAAUUGUGGCAUAUCAACCAAUCAUUCGACGCCACAAAAACUCCCUUAUCACAACAACAAUUCACGCUAUUCGGCCAAUGCUAAUGGAUAUCCACUUAUGCACAAUAGUAGUUAUUCAAAUGGUUUUUGUGGAACGCCACAGCGAGUGAGCAAUAAGAAUUACGAUGAUGAUGAUAAUGAAGUACAGUUGAGACGUGGUGGUGUUCUGUUGGGCAAUGGAAUGAUUGUUGGCAACGGACACGGUGGAAAUGUGAGGAAUGGUGGUAGAAAAUGUGAAAACGGCAACGACAAAGAGGAAUGGAUGUAUCGUCGACCACUCGGUCCGAACGAUGUCAGACACUCGUUGCUUACUGAAAUUGAUAUAUCGGCAUGUGAUAGUGGUCUGGAUACACCACCAUCGACGCAUCGACCAUCCAGCUACCGUGAUGUAUACUAUAUGAAAGCGGGCGCUAGGGAUUCCACUGACACGGGUGUUAGUUCAUCAAGAGGCACACUUGUAUCGCCUGGAGGAAGCUUUCGUGCUGCUAAUGGAAAUAUCAUUGGUUUGAGAAACAGCAUUCAGGAUAAAAUUCUGCGCAUCCGAAAUGAAGAGGACAAACUAUCGAUUCGAUCUAUGAACAAAUUGAAUUCGAAUGAGUUGUACGAUCCCAAUCAGAAUAAAUACUACAAAAGUAACGGCAAUGGUCACAUCACGAACAACAGCAACAACAAUGGCAACGGUAAUGGCGCUCUGCCCAGAUAUCAGCAACAUCCCGCUCUAGCAGCGAUCAUAAACGAAGCGCAAGGAAUUAAAUUCAGAGAUCGUUCCUAUUCAGACAUUCAACAAGUACCGCGUCGCCACUACAACAAUAAUUCACCGAGUCCUAGACGUCGUCCGUUCAUGGGCACUCCAACUCGAGUGUAAUUAGUUUUAAUUUUCCUUCCUCUUUUUAUAUUUAUUUUUGUUCGUCGUCGUUUUUAUUGCCAAUUUUUUUUGCUAGGCAAAAAUGGAAAAAGUUUCACUUUCGACAAAAUUGAAUAAUUUUUUUGUUUGUUUCUUGCUUCAACUCUGUAUCAGUGCGUUAAGUUCAAUUAACAUAAAAAAAUUUAUUCGAUUGCUAAACGAUAUAAAAGAAAAAAAAAAUUUAAAUUAAAAUUCGGUUCGUUGAACACGAUAUUACCAUCAAAACAUAGUGUCAAAUACAACAACGAGAAAAAUAAAAAUGUAAAAAAAA